UCCCUCCACGCCCCAUAGCACCUCACCCAUCCAACCCACCCUCCUCACUCACCCUAACUUAUCGGAUAUUUAGAGAACAAGUGUUGACCGGAAAGAAGUUCGUCAUGUCAGACCAAGACACCGACGCUCGUCCUCGCCCAGUCGUCGCCCGCCAGGACACACAGGCCAUCCUCUCCUACUACCACUCCCCGGCAGCUGGCGGAACAUUCUCCCCACAGCCCCAGGUUGACGACGCCAGCCCACCAUCUCACCUUCAUUUACGUUCCUACUCCAGCACAUCACAGUCCUCAAACUACUCGUUCGUUUCUCAGGAAGACUUGGACCAGGACGUCCCAACCACAGCCCGUCCGCUCAACCGGGACCUCUCCACACGUACCAACACCACUUCCACAUCUCCUACCGAAAACGAACAGCAACACCGCCCUGCUCGCCGACGACCCAGCGUACCCUCAAUUGGCAACAUCGAUCGACGCCGUCUACAGGUCGUCGAGUUGGACUCUGCCGAAUCAGAACACGCUCAGCCAUCCAAGCCCGAAGCUCCCGAGCACAGCCUACCGAGUGCUGUGUCAGAUUCGCCGUCGAACAGCAUCCGCACUCGCAGAGGGCUCGAAGGCCGCCUAGCAGGACUGGCACUGGUCGCUCCACCGGACGCGUCUCCGAAAACAUACACCAAUCUCACACCGCCUCUGACAGCCCCCGUCGAGCCCGUGCACAAGGCGAACACCACGGACAGCCACCACCGCUCUGCGUCUGAGGUGGUCUCGUUAGGGAAAGAGAGGGGGCAGCACGUACGCCGAAAGUCUUCCAGGGACGUUGCUAUUGUUGGCACGGAGAGUUCGUCCAGUUCACGUUCUAAACGCGACGACCACGACACGGAGAAACGAAGCUCAAGUACAGCAGGUGGUUUGAGGCCUCCGGUGUUCCAAAUGCCCCAGUCACGUUCUCCUUCACCCGGUGCCUCCGGUGACGAUUCAGAGACGGCCCGGUCUUCAUACACGGGGCGAAGCAAGACGGGUGCGCGGCAGUCUCUAGUGAGUCCGAUCAAGGAACUUCCAGAGACUUCAUCUCCCCUCCGGACACCUGCAAUAGGAGAGAGCAAGGAUAUCGCCGAUCGCGUGUCCGGCCCCGUUGUCGUCGACCUCGCGGCACAGUCACAGAGCUCCAGUGCCUCUUCCGCCCUCCCAGGUUCACUAUCGCCUCACUCGCAAAGUACCUCACCGCCAUCGUCAUCACACGCGUCUGCUUCACCCACCACCCCCAGCCCGUAUUUAUACUACCAGCCAGGCGUCCAUGCCAGAGCUGGCCCGCUGCCUCCGCCACCCAUGGCCAUCCUCAAUAUAGAUCCCAAGUUGCCACCACCGCCGCGUCCACCACGGCUGAACUCGCCAUUUCGCCGGAAGAUCGACGCUGAGGCUAGUAAGCCAGCACAACAAACUCCACCUUCCGUCCCGCCGCCUGGUGUGGACGCGCCUUCGUCAGGCCCAAAGUCUCCUUUGAGCCCACUAGGCCAGCAGCCCUCUCCGUUCCAGGUUGACGAACCGGUAAAGGACACUCAGACUUGUGCGAAGAGGACCGAGGACGAGACAGACGAAAACACCACAGCCCACGUUCGCGAAGGGGCCUUCCCGCCGUCACGACUCACGAAACCCGCUUCACCGACAUCGCCCAAGGAAGCUAUAAAGUCGCCCACACGAAUAGGCCUAGUGAAAGCAAGCGACACCCCGCCCCCCUCGGUCGUCGAGCCGCCCCGCCUCCACGAACGCUCGCGCAAAGGAUCGGGCCUCGACAUUCGCCACCGCAGCCGGGGCUCCGACGAGUCGCAGACCACCUCCUCCACCAGGAGCUCCGGCGCCGAGCCGAGUCCGCACACCGUCGACAGCGCGACACGCACGAGCUUCGCCCCCUCGGUGCCGUCCAAAGGAGGAGGAGGAGACGCGGACUAUUCGGAGUUCGGGGUCGAGCUGCAGGGGAAGGGGCGGAUGACGAACAGCCAGUGGCACAGGAAGCAGAACUCGACUCUGCCGCGUACGCCGUCGUUUGCGUCCAUCUCGAACAGGCUUUCCGUCGCCGGCAGCAGCAGCGGCAAGCGGUCGUCGAGGACGCCGUCGCCGUCCCCGAAUUCUUUUUGGGAGAGAAUCGCUCCUCGCCAGGUUCCUCCGUCGCGCAAGAUUCCGUGCGCGUGGCCAGCGGCGAUGCAGUUUGCGGAUGUCCUCGACAGACCUAGUGCGCUGGGCCGAUCGAUCGGCUACGCGGAGAAGAUCAACGAGCUGUACCACUACGACUGUGGGCUGGGCGACUGGAUCGUAGAUACCAAAGCCAGAGCUGCCAACCCCCAGUCGUACAAGCGCGCGACUCUGCGCCUCUCCAAGGGUCAGGGUCAGGGCCCCCGCCUUCCGUCGGAAUUCGCAGCGGACCACCACCAGCCGCGCAAGGCGUCGCAGGGGUCCAUGGAGUCCGAGAUGACCUUCCCUCGGCGCCCAGACGCCUACAUCGCCACAGACCUCCGCUCGGGACCCUCUCUCGAAGACACACCCACCCCGCUCCCGGCCCUCCCGUACCCAGCACUCGCCGCUGUCUCCGCCCGGUCGUCGGGCGGCCCCUCGCGCGCGUCGACCCUCCUCAUCCCGUCCUCGUCCCUGAACAAGACCCCCGGCGGCUUCUUCUCGUCGCUCGGCAGGAAGACAAGUGUCCGGAAAGACCGCGCCGUCAACUCGCCCCCCUCGCACAAGGUGCUCUCGAAGCAGCCGCCUCGCUUGCCGCCUCGGUCCGUCAACAUCGUCAGCCCCCCGCCCCUCCCUGGCGGCCCGCGCGCACCACCCGACCGGAUGAAACGCGCGCAGACGCUGAUCACCACGCCUGCGUACGUCGACAGGGCAAGUCGGCGGCCCUCGCUGUUCACCGCCAACGGGUCUGGGUCCUCGGACAACACUCGACCCACAUCCUCUGCCAGUUUCUCGUCUCAGGUCGAUAGACUCUCGACACUCCUCCCGAACGCUGACAGGAACGUCCUUGCUGGCUACCUCAAGAGGGCCGGGCAAGACGUGCUCGCCAUUGGCCAAUACCUGGAAGACGAAAAGAACGGGGAGCUACGUCGCGAUUAAUGCACCGUUACAGCACAUACCAUAUGGACCAUCUUCACGCAUCUAUUACAUACUAUCUCGCGCCUUCCUGGUUAUAUUCCAUACCCCCCACAGACCAAGCAUUAAUGUUACAUUACUGUACGGACUCGUAACUUCAUACACAC